CUACUUUUCCUUCAUCCGUUCAUCCAAGCAUAUCUCACAACUUCUUGACAUAGCAUUCAACUAAUCAAUUGUGUAGGGAUUUGAGGAAGUCUUUGUUUCUGUGGUUCUCUCGUCUUUAAUCACAAAUCUAGUCUUUCAACAGCCAUGGCGAAAAGCUUUUUUGCUAAUGUCAAGUCGGUUUUGAGUGGCGAUACUCUGGUGCUGGCCAGUCAAAACAACCCGAAUGCUGAGCGCACCUUUUCUUUGGCAUUCGUCGAUGCUCCUCGCCUGAGGAGAGAGGGUGACGAGCCUUUCGCUUUCCAAUCACGAGACUAUCUUCGGAGUUUGACAGUUGGCAAACCCAUUCAAUGCACCAUUCUCUACACGGUCCCUUCUUCCGGACGUGAAUAUGGCUAUGCUCAACUUAAAGAUGGCACUCAGCUUCCCGACGAGCUUGUAAAAUCCGGCUGGCUCAAGGUUCGAGAGGAUGCCGGACGCAAGGAAGAGUCUGAAGAUACUUUGGAGCGCCUUGACUCCCUCAGAAGCCUCGAGUCGCAGGCCAAGGGCGAGGGUAAGGGGCUUUGGGCGGCUACUGGUGGUGUCAUUGAGAUACAGAACGAUAUCGGAUCCGUGGACUUCAACCAAUGGAAGGGGAAAACUGUCGAUGGUCUCGUCGAACGUGUACUCAGUGGUGAUCGUUGCCUUGUCCGGCUCAAGUUAUCUGACAAGUCUCAUCUCCAAGCGAUGACCUUGAUUGCCGGUAUCCGCACCCCGACUACUGAACGCGUGAACCAGUCGACCGGUCAGACUCAAGCUGCCGAGGAAUUCGGCAACGAAGCACGUCAAUUUGUUGAGCAGCGACUCUUGCAGCGAGACAUCAAGGUCGAAUUAGUUGGCAUCAGCCCACAAGGACAACUCAUAGCUUCCCUUGUACACCCCCGUGGCAGCAUUGCUGAGUUCUUGCUUGCUGAUGGCCUAGCGAGGUGUAACGAUUUUCACUCAACUCUACUCGGUUCAAAGAUGGCUGCACUACGCGCAGCAGAAAAGAAGGCUCAGGCUGGAAAACUCCGUUUACAUAAAGAUCAUGUAGCUAAAGCGACCGGCGGUGGAACCUCUGACAUGAUUGUUUCUAAAGUUAUGAGUGCCGAUACAAUCUUCGUUCGUACAAAGACAGGAGAUGAUGAGAAACGCAUCAGCCUCAGCAGUGUCCGCGGGCCCCGAGCGGGCGAGCCAUCUGAGGCUCCGUUCCGAGACGAAGCUAAGGAGUACUUGCGGAAGAAACUCAUUGGAAAACAUGUCAAGAUCUCGGUAGAUGGAUCGAAGCCUGCGACAGAUGAUUUUGAGGCUCGUGAUGUUGCUACCGUAACUGAGAAGGGCAAGAACAUCAACCUUGCGCUCGUACAAGAUGGUUGGUGCUCAGUAAUUCGGCACAGGAAGGACGACACGGACAGGGCUCCCAAUUACGAUGAACUUCUCGCUGCUCAAGAAGAAGCCAAAGAGCAAAAGAAGGGUAUUUGGUCGGGUAAAGCAUCCAAGGCAAGGACAUACGCAGAUGCUUCCGAAUCCGUGCAAAAGGCGAAGCUUCAAAUAUCCACCUUGUCACGUCAAAAGAAGGUUCCAGGUAUUGUCGAUUUCUGCAAGGCUGGUUCACGAUUUACUAUCCUGAUCCCUCGCGAAAGCGUCAAGAUUACAAUGGUACUUGCCGGUGUUCGUGCCCCGAGAGCACCCCGGUCAGCUGGUGAAAAGGGCGAGCCAUUCGGACAAGAAGCCCUAGACCUAGCUAACCGCCGAUGCAACCAACGUGACUGCGAGAUUGAUGUUUAUGACAUCGACAAAGUGGGUGGAUUCAUAGGUGAUUUGUAUAUCAACCGUGAGAGCUUCGCCAAGGUUCUGGUCGAGGAAGGUCUUGCUCAAGUUCACCAAUACUCAGCGGAAAAGGCUGGUAAUGCCACCGAGCUGUUCGCCGCCGAGCAAAAGGCAAAGGAGGGCCGUAAAGGGCUAUGGCAUGAUUGGGACCCGUCUCAGGAUGAGAACGGCGACGAAGACGCUGCACCUACUGAAACACCGGCGCAGACCGAGGCGACUGAUAAGAGAGCAUCUGAUUAUCGCGAGGUCGUUGUCACUAACAUCGAUUCUAACGGCAAGUUCAAGAUACAAGAAAUCGGCAAAGGAACCUCUGCUCUUGAGAUCAUGAUGAAUGAAUUUAAGAAAUUCCACCUGGAUUCCAAGAACAACAAGGCACUUGCCAACCCCCCCAAAGCGGGCGAGUACGUUGCUGCCAAAUUCUCAGCCGAUGGCCAGUGGUACCGAGGCCGUAUCCGAUCGAAUGACCGAAAUGCCAAAGUUGCAGAGGUUAUCUACAUUGACUACGGUAACAGCGAGCAGAUCCCAUGGUCUGCUCUCCGCCCUCUAGACCAGCCUCAAUUCACAGUACAGAAGCUUAAGGGGCAGGCGAUUGAUGCCGUGCUGUCAUUUAUCCAGCUUCCCACUUCAGCGGACUAUUUCCAGGAUGCUAUUGACUUCCUCGCUGAGGCCACGGAUGGUCGCACGCUAGUUGCCAGCUUUGACUUCGUAGACCCGAAGGAAGGCCUGAGCUACAUCACUCUAUUCGAUGAGAAAGCCAGCGGCUCUUUUGUUGACUCAAUCAACAAAGAUGUCGUGGCCAGUGGCUAUGCUAUGGUGCCUAAGAAGCUGAAGGCCUGGGAGAGAGGACGCGCUUCCGAGGAGGUACUCAAGAAGCUACGUGAGGUUGAAGCUGAGGCCAAGCAGAACCGAAGUGGGAUGUGGCAGUACGGUGACAUCACGGAGGAUUAAAUCAUGACUCGAUGUUUCGCGCCCAUGACAGUUGGCUACAGUGGAAUCCAUGAGAUGAGAUUUCGUUCUGUACGAAAGUUGGUUGGGAUCGAGAAAAAGAUAUUUCGGGGGUAUCAAUUGAUAUGUACACCUUUCAUUUCAAUGGAUGGGCAUUAUCAAGGACGGCAAAAGCAUUAGGCAUUUGUUCUGGGAUAAAAGUAACUUGUUUUCUCAUGACAAGCAUAUUAGCGAAUUCGCAAGACCUAUCUCGGCUGUAGAUAGCUGUAUCCCUAGAGUAUGAAGAGUACAACCCAUGCACAUGAAGGUAUAUAUAUAUAUACUAUAAGCUAGACUUGCGAUAUGAAUGUCCAGCC